UUUUCUCUCAUCUAAACACUGCGCUUUUUGGCCUAAUGAAAUAAGAGUCGAGACAAUAAAAAAACACACCUUAGGAAUGAGAUUUCUUUUAAAAAUUCAGCAAGAUGAAUGGUAUUUGUUCUCAUAUAUUAAAGACUAUUUGUUCCAAUAGUUUUACUCAAGUAAGAUAUAUUCGGGAAAUGCCAUGGAAAAAUACUUAUUUAAGAAGAUUUGGAUACAAGGAUCCUUUCUUUAAAAGACCAGAUACUUUACCAAGAAUAAAAGAAACUGAUAAAAAGAGCAAAAUUGGUUUAUCACAUUUACCUGAAUAUAAACCCAAAAAUCAGUGGUCAGAAAAGAGAAAAUAUUUUGGACAAAAUGAUUAUAUUGACAUUUUAGGAGAUGGCAGCAUCCAUCCAGUUAAGUUGCUUACAAAUAUGCCUUUAUGGCUACGAGGUUUCCAAGGAAAUGAAUUUCAAAUGCUUUUAGCAAAGCAGAGAGCAUAUGCUCACUGGCGGUGGUCAAAACCUACUAAAUGGAAACAUUUGAAUAAACGUAUCAUGUACUUGUACCGAUAUUUAAACAGUAAAACCAAAACAUAAAUAAUAUGUAUCAUUGUAGUUAUUUAAUAAAACAUAUAUUACAUUAA